UCCAAUCAGAAUGUUCGCGCUGAAGAAAAAUGAUUGGAUGAAUGAACCUGCUUACUUCCUGCCUGCGCGCACUCGUGCUCGUGCACCGCACAUUGGGGCGCGUGACUGACCAGGCUUCAAACUACGCAAACAAGCAAGGCAGAGGCGACACAGCUAACAGCUAACAGCUACGAGCUACGAGCUACGAGCUAACAGCUAAAACUAACAGACAACAGACAACAGACGAGUUGACAACAGACAAAACUAAAGAAGAAGAAGAAGAGUUGUUGCAGAAUGGCAAGGGCAAGUGCGUACAAUAGCUUCCGGUCGCAAGAGAAAGACAGCAUGUGAGACGGCUAUGAACAUAAAGAGGUUGGAUACAACAAGAAGGAAACGGAGGAGUAAACACCGGUGUGGCUCUUCAACGCUGGCGUCAACUCAGGGAGGAGAAGAGGGUUGAAAGGACUUCCAUAUGCACAGCCUGAUCCGUCAGCCUACAGACCUGUUUUGAUACCAAAGAGCGAGAACUUGAGGUCUCCACUCGGGUCACAGACUGUGGGCUCCAAAACAACAUCUGAAAUCCAGCAGAUUCAUCAUUCUCAGACUCGGUGACAGAUGGCGAGUCCCUCUCCCCCAGGGGGAAGCCAGUCUCUGUGAAUGCGGCCGCAUGUCAAUCACCGGCUCUCAUGUGAUGGCUCUUGCCAAUGACGUGCCAGCCAUAUGGGCCUGGCAUCAGAGCUGGUAUGUAACCCACCCAGUCCUGCCUCCGAGGUGCCACACGGCUCCUUCCACGCGUCGGGGCUGGGGAUAACAGCAGCAGCAGCAUCAGCAUCAUCAGCAGCAUCAGCAUCAGCAUCAGACAGAGCCGGGUGGCAGGAGAGGAGAGAGAGAGAGAGAGAGAGAGAGAGAGGUGUGAGAGCAGAGCACCAGCGUCUCGCCUGCACAAGCAUCCGUGCAGGGCGUGUGGAUGGGAUGCCCACCCGGAGAGAGAUGGUGUAAACAAACCCGCUUCGCCCCAUCACUGAGCCCCACGACGGAGGUUGCUCGCCACCAUGUUGAGUCGUCUGUUCAGCGAGGUGCUGCCGGACGUCCAGAGGCUCGCGGCCGACUGGGCGGAGGACGACGAGAGCGAGGACGGUAAGGUCAAGGACGACGAGCACGAGCACGAGGCCGGCUGUCACCUCGAGGACGACGAGCUCGACGGGCCGCUGGAAGGCAGCAGCCGAACCGAGUCCGAGAUGGCGGGCGACGACGACGACGACGAGGACGACGAGGCCGAGGAGGAGUGCGGAGACGAGAACGGCGGGGACAAGCCCAAGAAGCGCGGCCCCAAGAAGCGCAAGAUGACGCCGGCGCGCGUGCAGCGCUCCAAGGUGCGCCGGAUGAAGGCGAACGCGCGGGAGCGCACGCGUAUGCACGACUUGAAUUCCGCCCUGGACAAUCUGCGCAAAGUGGUGCCGUGCUACUCCAAAACCCAGAAACUGUCCAAGAUCGAGACUCUGAGGCUGGCCAAGAAUUACAUACUGGCUCUGGGGGAGAUUUUACGCAACGGGAAGCGUCCAGAUGUGGUGGCCUACGUGCAGAUGUUGUGCAAAGGCCUGUCACAGCCCACCACCAACCUGGUGGCGGGCUGCCUGCAGCUCAACACCAGGAACUUCCUGACUGAACCGUGCUCGGACGGUGCCCGCUUCCACAUGCCCAGCUCUCCUUUCUCCGUUCAUCCCUACUCCUACCGCUGCUCCCGCCUCUCCAGUCCGCACUACCAGCCCGGGAGCGGUGCGCUCAACAUGCGCGGCCACUCCUACGGUGCUGGAUACGAGGGCGUGUACCCGCCGGGGGGGACGUCUCCUGACUACAGCAGCCCGGACUAUGAGGGCCAGCACAGCCCGCCCGUGUGCCUGAACGGCGGACUGUCCGCAGGGAGACAGCAGGAGUCCUCCGAGACGGACAGGAACUAUCACUACUCUAUGCAUUACUCCGGACUGUCCACGUCCCGACCCGGCCACAGCUUGCCGUUCGGGCCCUCUGGAGCGCGCAGUGGUGGUGCGCACUCGGAGAACAUUCCCCCUUUCCAAGAUGCGCACUUGCACCACGACAGGGCUCCUCCAUACGAGGACCUCAAUGCUUUUUUCCACAACUGAGCCCCUCGUGCCGGGCCAGUCUGACCUUACAUUGACAAUCCCAUUACGUGUACUGAUGUUUGGAAAAACCAGAGGAGCGUCUGAGAGGAUGGGGGGGGGGGGGGGGUGGAAGAGGCAGAGAGAUUCCUGUGAUUACCUUCUGUGUUCUACUGAUGUCAUCCCUAUAAGUGUGUCCAGUAUUAUCAUGUAUGCAGAACGAGUGCAACUGACAUAAAAAAAACGAUGUAUAGGCCCAAGAGAAAAAGAAAAAAAUAAUGUUGUGAUGACACAAACAACAGAAAUAAAAAAAAAAGUUUUAUAACUGUCU